GGGGUCUGAUGACAAUGCCACCAAUAGGUGACAAGUAAAUAGGAAAUAAGCGAAUCACAACACUGCGCGGCAAAACAUCAUGCACGCAACCACUAGUGUGUUCGACUUCAAGCGGCAAAGCAAGAAAUGACAGGAGGGUGAAGUCAAAGUUACAGCGAGAGCGAGUUGAAAUUAGACUAUGGUUUCUCGAAUCGCUCUCGCGUUACUUUGACGUCAUCCGCCUGUCGUUUUUGUGGCGCCGCAUUCGUGCUGUGUAUCUAACAAAUUUCUCCCCGAGACCUGAGUUUGCCGCAGCGCCUGUUCAACUAGCAACUGAAGACAUCACUGGAGGUAAGGAUCUUUUUGGUUUAUAAUGUUAUAUAAUCUACUAGUCAUGUAAUUGAUUAAACAUUUCAGCUAGGCAUAGUUCAAUUGGGUAGGUAGUGUUUGUGUGUGUGUGUAACGUUUUAGCUUCAUCAAAUUCACCUGUAAAUUGCAGUGUUUCCCACCAAUGGACUUUACUAGAAGCGUUCCAGUAUAUCUGGCAUUAAAUUUAGUCUUAUUUGUUCUGCCGUGAUUAUAACAACACUCUUUGAUAAUGAUAUUUUGCGUGCAAGCACAUCGUGUCUCUUCAGAUGAGUUUGGUGCGACGUGAAGCGAGCUCACGUGUUUCUGAACUUGAGCAGAGUUGUAUGCAUUUCAUGGAGCACCCGACACCCGUACAGUUUCGAAUCUAUAUAUUAAAUUGGCAGUCAGGUCCGGGUCGGUCCCAGUUCAAUUACUGGUCCCGAGUCCGAUUAACAUUGUGUGUAACGUGCAGUUUAAAGUGCGCCACCGGGAGUCCGAUUAACAUUGUGUGUAACGUGCAGUUUAAAGUGCGCCACCGGUUUCUAUGGCGAUAACAACUGAAAGUCACGACCACACGCUGCACUUUAUUUCUCCUAUUUUUUUUAAAUAUAAAAGAUGGUUCAUUAAUAAUAAUAUCUAAAUUUUGCUCAGAAAUCACAGAGAUGGUAGCAAAAAAAGCAAUGCAAAUGUCAAGCCCAUUGCACUGAACGAGCAAAGCUCAAGCUGACUCCCCUUACGAAAAUUAACCAUGGUUUUAUUGUGGUAAAAGUGUAGUAACCAUGGUUUUUUGGUGUAUUGAUUACUAUCAGCAAAACCAUGGUUUUACUGCACUGGUUUAAGUAUGGUUUUUGAAAACCAUGGUUUUGUGGUUACUAUGGUUUUACAGUAACCAUGUUUUUUUGGUUUUAACUGUAGUUAAACCAUGGUUAAUUUUCGUAAGGGUCAAGAUAUAACUGUGAGAUAUAAGUGAACUAUUUGCACUCCGUUAUGAUACAGUUUUGCAAAAAAUUCAAAUCUGUAUUCAUUUGCAGAAUGAGGGAAAUUGAGGAAAGUGAGGCACUUCUUGUGCAACAGAUGGAUAGAGGCUGUAAAAGCAGUUGGAAGUGAUCUUGGCUGAAACUUGAAACUACAAUCCAGGUCCAUGCAGUCAAACACACAUUCAUACUGUCUGACUUUUUUAAGAAAAUUGAGAAAAAAGGUUGUGCUAAGUGCACUCUCUGUAUGAAGGAAAUUAACUACAGUAGCAGAGGGGUGCAUGCCUUGUUUGCACACUGUCAAACAUCCAUACACACAAACAGAGUGACCUCAAUCUUAUCAACUCAAAGUGUGGCACAACUCCUCCGUAAGGAAGAUCCUUUACCAGCUACUCAGAACCAGGCAUCAGCAGCAGAAAAGAUCAGGGAAAGUGUUAAGCUUCCAGUGCCAAUGUGUAAUCGCAUUGCUAAUGCAGAGGCAAUUGUUCUGGCAGUUAUUGCUGAGCACUCUCUACCUCUGACAAUGGCACCGGUGUUGGUGGAGUUAAGCCAGUGUCUAGCUGCAGACAAGGCAGCCCUUAGCCAAAUGAAAGUGUCCCGCACUGCUGCUUCUUACAAAAUUGUGUAUGGUAUGGGCCGUACAUUUGCAGAGAAAACAUUCUCCAACUUACGCCGAUACCCCUUCUCUCUGAAUGUGGAUGAGAGUACAUCCAGUAGUUUUAAGAAGGUCCUUUCUAUGCUCGUCAGCUAUUUCAACGAAGAACUGAAUGAUGUUGUGGUUGAACACCUGGGCUGCCUUGAAGUUUGGAAAGUGACUUCAGCCAGUUUGGAGAGGUUGAUGUUUGACUUUUUUCAGAAAAAUAACAUUCCUUGGUUGAACCUUAUUAGCAUAAUGCUAGACUCAUGCAACGUCAUGCGUGGGAGCAAAUCAGGGCUGGAGACAAGGAUCCGAGAGAGGCAUUGUCCCACUCUGCUUGAUGUGGAUGGUGACUCUUGCCAUCACGUCCACAACGCUGCAAAGAGAUUUGCAGAACCUUUUGAAAACUACUUGGAGCAGCUCUUUGCAGACAUCCACACAGACCAUCAAUGGGCAUCAGAUCAGUUGGCAUACCUGAAAGAAAUAGCAGAGUUCCUGGGCAUACCUGCCACCAAUCCCCAGCGAUUUGUCUCCCAUCGCUGGUUGUCAGCUUAUGAUCUAACGAUCAACACUAAAAGAAUGUUACCUGUGUUCAAAGUGCUCUACUUUGGAUUUAUGGGAAAGCAGGACCAAGAACUGUACAACGAAAUAUUGAAGGACCUGUACGGAGAUCAUGGUGUGAGUGACAAGGCUCAGCGAAGGGUUCGGUUUAUUCACCAGGAUCUCUGCAAGAAGGGAAUGACUGAUUUGGGGAAGAAAAGGAAGGCCAGAAUUGUAAAGAAGAUUUGGGUGGAAAACCAAAAAGUGGACCUUAAUCUUAGUGUGUACCUUGGUGUCCUCCCAAUUUUGAAGGAAUACGUGAUGGUCUUUCAAGGAAGUAAAACUUUGGUUCACAAGCUUCAUGACAAGCAACUUGAAGUGUUCAUUGACUUUCUUGCCUGCUUCAUCAAGCCAGAGCAUCUGAAGAUGUCGGCAAACAAAUUGCUAGAAUUGGACUUGGCCAAUAAUAAACUUCACUCCCAGAUUUAUGUGGGGAAAGUCGCAGAAGACCUGAUUGCAGCCCAUCCAAAGCAUCCGGUAAUCAUAGAUUUUAUUGAGAAAGUGACCAAGGCAUACACAACUUGUGGCAAGUACAUGCAGAGUAAACUACCUCUCAAAAGUAAGACCCUACAGGCCUUGUCCUCCAUUGAUCCAGUGGUGAGGGGCCAUUCCCAGGCUGUUACUCAGCUUAAGGAGUUGGCUAGGAUAAUGAAACAUUUAGUGGCUGAAGAGAGUGACAUCACCCAGGAGAUCAUUAGGUACAACGUGGACUCCAAUCUGGCCAAGUAUGAAGAUGGAGAUGAUAUUGUGAAGUGUGGGCACAUGUCAUGAGUUUGGGGAAGUAUCCAGCUCUCAGCCAGGUUAUUAGAGGUGCCCUCUCCAUCUUUCAUGGGCCACUGGUAGAGUCCUCCUUUAGUCUAAUGGGAGAUGUAAUUGACUCUAAAAGAUCAAACAUGAAGAUCUCCACCUUUGAUGCAGUGCAGACUGUGAAAUAUGUGUUGAAGUCUAGGGGCAAGACUGACAUUGACAUAUUCAAACCGGAGGACAUCAAGAUGGGGCCAGUUGAUACUACUCUCUGCCAGAACAUUAGGGCUGCAGGGAGAAGGGACAAGACUGACAGAGAGAAGAGGAUGAAGGCAAAGCAGAAGAGGCAGGCGGAGUAUGGCUGCAGUGCAAUGUGUGAAAGUGCCGAAAAGGCCACCACUGCUCUGGCCAAAGAGAGGCAGACACGUCUCAAACAUGUUCAUCAAAAAAUGAAUGCAGCCAGACGGAAGGCACUGGAUACAUUGCAGGAGGUGGCCAGGAAGAAGAGGAAGAAUUACUAAAGCAAGAAGAAGUGCUAUAUAUUUUGAGUUUGUUUAAUAAAAAUUAAAUUGAAUUUUCCAAAUUAGUGUCGGCGUAUUUUGAUUUUUAAAGUUUCAUUUUACUAAAUAUGCCUAUGGAGUGGGCCGGGGAUUGCAGGGGCCGGUGGCAAUGUAAGUAUCUGAAUAUUUGCCGCGGAGCGAGGGCUUCGAUUAUCUCUCUCUUUUUUGACCAUACAUGUGUUUGCAUCCCUGAGUACAUCUUGAACAUCUUGAUGGUAGUAGCACAUUCAAUAAUACGCAAACACUGAAAGUCUUUACCCUCACUUACUAUUAUAGUAGCUUUAUGGCAAAUGCCUUAUACAUGU